UACCGGCUUGUUUUAUGCUAUAGACUUUGAGAUAUUGGUAAACAACUGUGCCGCGAAUGCAACUACGCUAUAGACAGGGAAAUACCGUACACCACCCAUGAGUGACAAGCAAUGACAGCCAUCAAUGACAGAGAUACUUUUCAUGAUUGAAUAGAUUUGAAACAAUUUUCUUGUUACUCGAGCUGAAGUAGGGAAGAGGGGACUCCUGUUUAGCACUAUCAACAAUGGAAGUCACCAAGAAAAAUUUUGCCCAAAUUCUGGAGGAACUAGAGAAUGUCAUUCCAGCAUCAGAAUUUCUUGCCAUAGAUGGAGAAUUUACUGGGUUGAAUAAGGGUGAGGAAGUGACAGCAUUUGACACUCCAGCUUUGUAUUAUGAAAAACUCCGUAAAGGAUCUUCUGAGUUUCUUAUUGUCCAAUUUGGCUUGUGUGCCUUUUUGUAUGAUGAAAAAAGAAAGAAAUUUACUCACAAGGCAUACAAUUUCUACGUCUUUCCAAAGCCACCUGACCAGCGAGGCACAGAAAAAUGUUUUAAAAGUCAAGUAUCAAGUAUUCACUUCCUUGUUGAAAAUGGCUUUGAUUUCAACAAGCUUUACAGAGAUGGUAUUCCAUACCUCAGACAGGAUGAAGAGAAAAGACUGAGGGAGAAAUUAGAGGAAAAACACAAAGCUAGUAGUUCUGCAAAGAAUUGCAGCAAUGGUGAUGCAAAUGAUGUAAUUCCAGUACCUGCAGAUAAAGCGGAAUUCAUAGAAGAUAUGUGCACCCGUAUAAAACAUUUCCUAUCUGAGGAGGGGAAAGAGGAGCUUACCCUAGAGGGCUGUAAUGGUUUUGUACGAAAGUUGAUGUACCAGGAAGUCUCAGAGCGCUUCCGUGGAGUGCGACUGGAGACACGCAAAGCUGCUGGUGGUGACAGAAUACUGGUUGCUUCAAGACUCGGGACAAAUGAAGAAGAGCAGCAAAGACUAAAAGAUUUACAACUAGCAGAAAUUCAAGAUCUUGAUUCUGCCGUUGGAUUUAGUCAUGUUAUCCGCAUGCUUUCUCAGUCGGGAAAAUUAUUGAUUGGACAUAACAUGCUGCUCGACAUAUGCUUGAUUAUCAAUCAGUUUUGUACAGAGCUGCCAGAAUCUUAUCUUGAGUUCAAGCAAAUUGUUUCUUUUUUAUUCCCAAGGUUACUUGACACCAAAUAUAUGAGUUUCUGCGAGCCUUUCAAAUCGCUGGUAAGCUCUACUGUUCUUGGUCAUCUGCAGAAGACAUUAUCUGAACCGCCUUUUGAGAGCAUAAAAGCAGAUCCAGCAGAGGAUGGGUAUGGAUAUUCUGCUGAUAGUGACAAGUAUCAUGAAGCUGGAUAUGAUGCUUAUGUUACUGGAUUGUGUUUCCUUACUAUGGUCCAGCAUCUGGGUUUAAAGUUAACCUCAGAGAAGCUUCUACUAUCUGCAUCUCCAUUACUAAAGCCAUUUUUCAAUAGACUUUACUUGAUGAGAGUACUGGAUCAUCCAUUCAUCAGUAUUGACGAAAAUGAACCGGAACUUCCAAGAGACCACGUAUUUCAUGUUACAUUUCCAAAGGAAUGGAAAACACAUGAUGUAAUACAGCUAUUUAGCCCAUUUGGACGGGUGUUUGUUUCGUGGCUAAAUGAUACCUCAGCUUAUGUAUCGCUCGAAAACAGAGAUCAAGCUAAGCUUGUUCUGCGAACGCUGACUCAGAGUGAUACUUACAGGGUGAUACCCUACAAACGCCAUCAGAUGUUGAAGCAGCCAAGUCCACCGUCCAAAAAACAACAAACCAAACCUUCAAUGAAGAGGCUUCGCACUGAGAAAGACAUGGUCACAGGAAAAGGUGGGAUUGGUACCAUCCCAGAAGAAGAUGAAGAGUUGGAAGUUCCUAAUCAAGAUGAUCGUAAGGAUUCAGAUAGUAAUGUAAGCAAGAAACUGAAACUUGAGAAAAUAUUUGAAGAAAAUGAAACUUGGGAAUGAGAUUUUCCUAACAACAGAACCUUGCAGUGGACAAUAAAAGUGGUUUUUCUUGAAGUAGUUUUGUACUGUUCUUGACAUUUUAUACUGUUAUGAAACAACAGAAUCAGAUUAAUGAUUAUAUGUCAAUCUGAUUAAGAUAUUUUCUAUUCGUGAACUUUUUACUUGUACUUUUAUAAAUAAUUUUAAGUUUUUUAAAAGUGUGAAGUUGUAUUGUUCUAGUUUUAGAGACAGAAGACCUUUUGUCUGAUACCACCUUCUCCAGUAAUGGAAAGAACAAUAUCCAUAUAAAACUUGUCAUAAAUAAAUCAUCAGCUGAGUACAGUAGUGUAAGCAUCAUUUAAUCUCUAAUAUUACUAAAUCUCCAACAUUGCAGGAAAGUAAUAUCACCCUGUUGAACGUUUACUUUCCAUAUUUCACUACAUAAAUGUAGACAGUGUUUUUGUUUCAUGUUGGUAGCAAUACUGUAACAACAAAUUGUUCACAUGUUGUAUCCUCUGAAAUAAUGGAUAUUGUAUAAACAGUUUCAGUAAAACAGAUUUUCCAAAGUA